AUGGCUCUGCUGCCGCCCGACCCGGUUUUUACGAUAAGAAACGUGGACAACUCUCCAGUAUACAGCUUGGCUUUUAGUUUUCUGCCGGGCGGGCUCGAGAGGUUACUCGCCGGCUCAAAAAACGGAUAUGUUUAUGCAUACAACCUUCAGACUAACCGGGUGCAGCAAAAAAUCAAAGUAGGUCAAGCUCCCAUCCUUCAUCUUAUUCACACAGACAACCAACUGAUCACUCAAGAGAAAGGCGGUAAAUUCAAAAUCUUCAACCUAACAAAUUCUGGAUACAAAGAGGAGCAGAUUAUUGACAUUGAUUAUCCCGGAUUUUGCCGUUUUGUAGCCAACACAGAACUCGAAACACUCUAUGUACCUGAUGGGGAUGCCAGAAUACAAAUUUAUAACUUCUCCGGGGAGAAAUUAGGCAUUCUAAAACCGGAGGAUGAUUCACCAAAACUCGGAGAUCCUAUGUGCAUGAAGUUAAUUGAAUUUCCGAAUGAGAAGCCCUGCCUUCUAGUGGGCUAUGAGGCAUGUUGGCUCCUACUAUGGGAUCUCAACACUAGUCAAUGCAUCAGCAAAAUGCAGACAAAGGAAUGUCCAAUGUCCGUCGAUUUCCAUAUCGAACAACAAAGGGGUAUAAUUGGCAAUGCCUCGGAUGUGAUACAAAUAUUUAGUAUAAGCAAAAAAGACUUCAGCCUGACCCACAAAAUGGAUGUGGGUAUUAAGAACCCGGGGAUAAAUAAAGUUAGUACAAGAAGUGACGGCAGAGUAUUUGCUUCUGGAGGCUGGGAUGGGCAUAUUCGUAUAUUUUCUUGGUUUUCUUUGAGACAACUGGUCGUACUUACUGAACAUAGACAGGCCGUACAGGAUGUCGUUUAUUCCGACCAAAAAGUUUCCUAUUGGAAUGCAAAUAUAAUGGCCGCCGGAGGCCUAGAUGGUGCCAUAACAUUAUGGGAUUUGUAUAACACUAAGAAAUAG